UGCUGAAGAAGCAGAGGUUGAGUUCGGAGUGGAGCUCAGCAGCAGCCUAGAGCUAUUCCUCUGGUCCCGAGUCGGGAGAACAUCCACUGGACGCAGGAUUGUCUGUGCAUUUAUUUGCUCACAGUCAUGGGUCAGCUGUUCUCUUCACCUAAGGAUGAACACUGCGAAGAUUUGGCCUCCAGCUUUACCCAAUAUUUUAAGAAGUUUAAGAUAGACACAAUCAUUCCUCAGGAAACCCUGGCUUCAAUUAAGUCAAGCCUGGCAGGAGGAAACAUUCAGGGGGCAAACUGUUCAAUUGCCAAUGCAUUAAAAGAAAUUGAUAGUGCCCCACUCAAUGUUGCUGUGACCGGGGAGACUGGAGCAGGGAAAUCCACCUUCAUCAAUGUCCUGAGGGGGGUUGGGCAUGAAGAAGAAGGUGCAGCUGAAACUGGAGUGGUGGAAACGACCAUGAAGAGACAUCCAUACAUACACCCCAAUAUUCCGAAUGUGGUAAUUUGGGACCUGCCUGGCAUUGGAAGCACAAAUUUUCCACCCAAAGACUAUCUGGAGAAAAUGAAAUUCCACGAGUAUGACUUCUUCAUCAUUUUUUCUGCCACACGAUUUAAGAAAAAUGAUAUAGACCUCGCCAAAGCAGUCUGCAUGAUGAAGAAGGAUUUCUACUUCGUGAGAAGCAAGGUGGACUGUGACUUACAAAGUGAAAAAGAUUGCAAACCACGAACCUUCAACAGAGAGAAAGUCCUGCAGCAAAUCCGCAGCAACUGUGCUAAGAACUUUCAGGAGAGUAACAUUGAAGAACCACCGAUAUUCUUGAUCUCUAACAAAAAUUUAUCUGACUUUGAUUUUCCAAGCCUGAUGGAAAAGGUGGUGAAUGCUCUCCCAGUACACAAACGACACAAUUUUAUGCUUUCCUUGCCUAAUAUUACAAGUGCAACCAUUGAAAGGAAGCGGCAGUUCUUGAAGCAGAGGAUUUGGCUUGAAGCCUUUGGGACUGACCUACUGAAUAUCAUCCCUUCACUGUCCUUCUUAAUGGACAAUGAUGUGGAGGUUCUUAAGAAAAGCAUCAGCUACUAUCGAACUGUGUUUGGAGUGGAUGAUGUGUCCUUGCAGAGUCUGGCUAAGGACUGGCAAGUGUCAGUGGAUCAGCUCAAGGCAAAGAUGAAAUCACCUAAUGUGUUUGAAACUACAAAGAAAGAAGCAAUACAAGAAAGGCUUUCAAGAUAUUAUGAGGAGUUCUGUUUGGCUAAUGGACAUUUAGUUACAAAGAAUGUUUAUGGUAAAGAAUUGUAUUGCCUGAAAUUGCAUUUCCUUGACAUGGUGACAGAUGAUGCUAAUGGUCUCCUCAGAGAGAUAUGUUUAAGAAACAACUUGAUUUCUGAUUAGUCUGUAGUUGCCAAAAAUCAGAAUCCAUGACAGAAAAAUAGGAUACUGACAUUAUAAAACAAUAUACUGGUUUUAUUCAGGCAAUCCAGACUUUAUCCAACACUAGUGAUCAUGUAUCCACAUUAGCUGUAGCAAGAUAAUCAGAUAUGUGUAAAAAGGCUGAGAGCUAAAAUCUAUUCACUUUGAAUAAGCCCUCAGAUCAAUUCAUUGCACUUUUAUUUGAAUUUCUUUAAUAAAAAUCAAUAUCCAUUUUUAGGUUUAACAUUGUGAUGGUUAAGUGUCAUUGACAUACUCAAAUCAUAUAGAAGAUGAGUCUCUGGGCUUGCAUUUGGGGAAAUUAUUCUGCUUGUGGAAACUAAGGUGAGAAGCCCUGCCCACUGUGGGUAGUUCCAUUCCCUAGCUGGUGAUCUCUGACUGUGUAUGUGGAGAAAGGCCCUAAGCAGCAGCAUAUAUGCAUUCAUCCAUUGCUCUCUACUUUUCUCCUGAAGGUGGAGUGGCACUAGCUGCCACCAGCUGCUGCUGUGACUUCUUGGUAACAUUGGCCUCUAUAACCUUGAAUUUGAUACUGUGUCCCCUGUUGAUAGCAAUACCCAAAAAGAAACCAUAACUUGACUGGAGAGGUGACUCAGUAGAUAAAGUAAUUGCUUUGUAUGUCUGAAGACCUGAGUUCAAAUGCCCAGGUGCCACAUAAAGCCAACUAAGCAUCUGUAAUCCACCCACUCCUAUGGUGAGAUAGGAGGCAGACACAGAGAAUCCUGGAAGUUCUGGGCCAGCUAACCUGCCAUGAGUAUCAGUGAAUAAGAGACCCUGUCACAAGCAACUGAAAAGUAAAAACCAACACCCAAGGUUGUACUCUGACCUCUGCAUACACACCAUGUCAUGUUCAUGACUGCAAUCACAUAUGCAAUUGUACACACACAAAGUUUUUUCACAAGACAAAAAAGGAAGGUAGGUUUGGAGCAGUGGAUCAAUGGCAUAUUUGCCUCAUAGGCCUGACACCUCAAGAACUCAAAAAAAGGGGGGGGGGUAAAGUGGAGGACUAGAAAGAUGGCACAGAGCUUAAGAACAGCAACUGCUCUUACAAAGGACCUGGGUUCCAUUCCUCCAUAGUACUCACAGUAGCCUAUAAACCUGUUGCAGGAGAUCUGAAACCCUCCACAGGGAAAAGGCACACAUGUGAUGAAAAAGUAUACAUAUAAAGCAACAUUCAAAAAGAGAAAGAGAGAGAGGUAAAAUAACCGAGAGAUUGCAAUAGGCUUAGUAAUAACAGAAAUUCCUAAAAAUCCCAUUUCGUCAGAUUCCUCAAGAAAAUACUAAAGAAGUUCUCUGAUUCUGUUCUAGAACCAAUGAACAUGAAGAGAUUUCUGUACUUUAUAUUGAUAGGUUUUUUAAAUGUUGUGAUGACUAAAUGAGUUAUUUACUCCAUAUCAAUACCAAAAGUCAUUUAAUAAAUUUGUUCUGAAAAAAAUGACAUUUUUUGCUGCUUGACAAUAGCAAGAACCCAUAAUAACUUCACUGUCACUGUCCUUAGUAUUACUAUUAUUGGCUGAUUGACUCAUUGCCUAUUCCAUGGCCUAUGUUUUAUUUACCUUGAAAUAAAAUACAAAUAAACAGU